GUAGCUGGAUUUCGUUAAGCGUCGCCAUCGCGUGCUCUUCCGAUCUCGGUAUCGCGUUCGCUUUAGUUGUGAAGCUGUGAAAUUUAAUUUAAGGUCCCAUGUCCAUUCCCUUCACUGCUUGCAUUGCUCACAAAACGCUCAACUACGACGAAACCCACCGAAACCGUCGCGCAAACGGAAACGACCAGAACGCGAAGAGAAUAAUCCUGUUCUUUCAUCGAGAGGCUUUCAGGGAAGCGCACAGUGCUUAUCGAUGUUGAAUCUAGUUCUCCUCAACAUACCGAAUCCACUGUAGGCCGCGAUCGUACCAGUCCGCCGAUUGUUCUGCGGGGUGAAGAAAAGCAGCAAAGAAAAGCACUGUGAAGUCGGGCUUCCGUCCAAUCCCGGCGCUUGGGCCAUCUCGUCUAUGUUGUGUUUCGCCUAUUGUGUGCCGUUGGCCCUCUGUAUGUGUGUCCGAAUACGUGCCGUUCGUCGAUGAUGGGUGUUAGAAAUCCAUGCAACCCGAAUGCCUAAUCAGGAUCCGCGAUAUUUUCCUGCGUGUCAUCUGCCAAAGUGAAAGUCCCGUGUGCCCCAAAACACAUCGACCCCCAUCACGGGAAGGUGUGCCCGGAAUAAGAGGAGCGGCUCGAAAAGUAAAAUUAACCAUUCCCCCGCCAACCUAAGUCCUCAUGUGCGGCGAUAUUUGGGUGCCACCCGGAUUUGUCGACGGUGACUAGAGGGGAACCAAAGCGGAAGGCUACGGAAAAAGAAAGGCUCUCCUGAACGGCGAUUGCUUCGUGGGGCGUGUGACGAACCGAGCGUCAAAAUUACGGCCAAACUGAACCUCAGCGUCCUGGCCGCGAUGGAGCAGGACGACGACGAAGUGCACGACAUCCGAGAGCAGCUUUUCCACAACACGGUUCGCGAGCAUAUCAUAUUUAUGUUGCUGUUUCUACUGCUUUACCUUGGCAGCUACGCACUGAUCAUCCGGUUCCGGCGCCGUGGCCGGGAAGAUUUGUUCGCGGUCGACGAGGAGGAAAUCACAGUCUAUCGCAUAAGUUUAUGGCUAUGCACCUUCUCGUUGGCGGUGGCCGUGGGUGCCGCUCUGCUGCUCCCGAUCUCGAUCGCCAGCAACGAGGUGCUUAUCCUGUACCCCAAUAGCUAUUACGUGAAAUGGCUCAACAGUUCGCUGAUACAAGGGCUGUGGAACUACGUUUUUCUGUUCUCCAAUCUAGCCCUGUUUGUGCUGCUCCCGUUCUCGUACCUCUUCACCGAGUCGUCCGGCUUCACGGGCGCCAAAAAGGGCAUCAUGGCACGGGUCUACGAAACGUUCACCGUCUUCUCGCUGCUCGCAUUUAUCGUGUUCUCCACGACGUACGUCAUUUCCGCGUUGCGCGAUCCCGACCGGAACACCUUCCAGGCAUUAUUUAAUUUAGCUAGGUAUCACCUGCCAUUCUUGUACUCGUGCGUGUCGUUUUUAGGUGUACUGUUACUAUUAGUUUGUACCCCGCUGGGGUUUGUAAGACUGUUCGGUGUGGUGGGCCAGGUGCUGGUCAAGCCAAACCUUCUGCGCGAUGUGGACGAAGAGUUCCAUGCCUUCAACAUCGAAGAGGCCACCAUAAAGCGUAAGCUGGCCACUGCUAGUCUUAGCAUUGAUCUAAGAAGCGUUAUGACGAUGGACCUUACGCCACCACCGAAGCUUUGCUCGGAGCUGGAUGAUUUGUAUCAAAUCAAAAGCACUGCGAGCGAAUCGGCCAAACUGUUCGAAAGACUGAGAGGAUUGGAGUCUGAGCGUAAAGUAGUAGAAAAGCAACGUAGUUCGUCGGCGCUUCAGAGGAAUCUGGUCUAUCCGAUAGCGAUGCUGCUAUUGCUGAUACUCACCGGCAUCACCGUGCUGUUGGUCGUGCAAAACACACUCGAGCUGCUGAUUGGCAUCAAGGCGGUUCCACUGAGCACCAGGCAAUUCACACUGGGCAUUACGUCCCUGUCGAAAUUGGGGCCAUUAGGUGCGACGCUGGAGGUGUGCAUAAUCACGUUCCUCGGUGUAACAUCGACGGUCGGGCUUUACACGAUGCCCUUUAUGCGCAACGUUCGACCGCAGCGGCGCAACACGUCCCUAACGCAGCUGAUCGCCAACUGUGGUCUCGUGUUGAUACUCAGUUCAGCACUUCCGCUACUGGCACGCAUUCUAGGUAUUACAAAUUUCGAUCUGCUCGGUGACUUUGGAGAAAUCGAAUGGCUCGGAAACUUUCUGAUUGUGCUGCUGUACAACUUGAUAUUCGGGACGGCGGCCACGUUGUGUCUGUUCAACAAGUUCACCGCCACCGUGCGGCGUGAGCUGUGCGCCCGGCUGAGAGCCCUGUUCAACUACAGCAGCCACCUUGAGUCUAGCAUUUGCCAAAGCGCCGGCAAUUUGAACCACCUGUAUCAUCCACACUCAUCUGUCGGUCCCGAUCAACCGCCAACCGCCAGCAACGGGCACUGUCCGCCAACGGCGGCCGGAACAGCGAGUUCCGGUGACAUGACCGACCAACUGUGUGCAACAUCGCGUGUCACUGAAACCGUAUCCUCAUUACAUCAUCGGCACGUGGCCAUCACGACAGAAAGCUGCAACGGUACCAAACCAAACGGUCAUCCGCAAGCCCUGCUCAUCGAGACCGACGUUAAGGACCAGAAAAAGACGCGAUGAGCCGCGCCUCGCCCCCCCAUCACACAUGACAAAGGAAGGUUAGCCUCCGUUUAAGCGACACAAAAACGCACCGGAAAAGAUUUUUUCGGUGCGAAACCUAUUUAAGAUUAUAUGCUUAGAUUGCAAUGGACAUAAUUUGGUGGCUUGAAAGCGCCAAAGGAAUAGACCAGCGUCUCAUCGUCUCCCAUCCGAGUAUC